UCUCUCUCUCUCUCUCUCUCUCUCUCUCUCUCUCUCUCUCUCUCUCUUACUAUGAAGAUAAGUGUGACUUCAUCGGAGAUGGUGGGUCCAAAUGCAGAAACCCCAAGUGGGUGUAUGUGGUUGACGAAUCUGGACUUGGUGAUGCCGACAAACUACCACACCCGCACCGUCUACUUCUACCGCUACGACGUCUGCGCCGCCGCAAACUUCUUCCUCCCGAAGGUGCUCAAGGCGGCGCUCAGCCGUGCCCUGGUUGAGUUCUACCCUAUGGCGGGGCGGCUUGCGACGGAAAACGGUCGCAUUACAAUCAACUGCAACGGUGAGGGGGUGUUGUUCGUGGAGGCGGAGUGCGACGGAGAGAUUGACGAUAUGGGGGACUUCGCCCCCAGGCCGGAGCUCCACCUUACUCCGGCGGUGGAUUAUUCUCUCGGAAUUUCCACCUUCCCUCUGUCGAUGAUGCAGGUGACUCGCUUCAAAUGCGGCGGAGUUUGUUUAGGCAUUGCUCAUCAGCAUCACGCAGCCGACGGAUUGUCCGCUCUCCAUUUCAUCAACACAUGGUCGGAUCUAUCACGCGGCCUCGACAAGAUCGCGGUCCCACCUUGCUUAGAUCGAACGGUCCUCCGCGCCCGCGUCCCACCGCAUCCUAUGUUCCCGCACAUAGAGUACCACCGCCCCACCCCCACCACCACCACCGCCUCCGCCUCCCCUCAACCCGAAAUAAAAUACUCUUUCUUCAAGCUAACCGCCGACCACCUCAAAACCCUCAAAUCCAAAGUCAACGACGACUCCUCCUCGACCACCAAUUACAGCACGUACGAGGUCCUCGCCGGACACGUGUGGCGCUGCGUCACCACGGCCAGAAACCUGCCGGAGAAUCAACAAACCAAACUGUACGUCUCCACCGACGGCCGAUCCAGGCUCCGCCCGCCGCCGCCGCCCGGAUACUUCGGCAACGUGAUCUUCUCGGCCGCGGCCGUGGCCACAGGCGGCGAAAUCGGGUCGAAUGGCGUCGGGUUUGCCGCCGGAAAAAUCCGAGGGGCGAUCGCGAGAAUGGACGAAGAGUACCUGAGAUCGGCGAUAGAUUACCUGGAGAUGAAGAGUGAUGUGAUAGGGUCUAUUGCGCUGAACGAGAACACUUACAAAUGCCCGAACCUGGGAAUAAUCAGCUGGAUUAGGCUGCCGAUCUACGGUGCAGAUUUCGGGUGGGGUGAGCCGGUUUAUAUGGGUCCAGCUAGACCGUCUUCAGAGGGUAAAUGCCAUCUUUUGCCGAAUAAUACCGCCGGAGAUGAUGGCAGCUUAUUGGUUGCGAUCUCGCUGCUAAAAGAGCAUAUGCUGCUCUUUGAGAAGCUUCUCUAUCAGAUUUGAUGACAUGGCUUUUAUCUUUAUUUUAUAUAUAUAUAUAUAUAUAAUGUUUGUGUAUUUCUGGUAUGUGAGAUUGUGUGUGUGUGUGCCUGUGUGGACUGUGGACAAAAUAAUAGUGUUAAUUGCAAUCACUUAUUAGUAUUUUAUUCGCAUGGCCCCUGUUUUGAUGUAAAAAAAGAAAAACAAAUCAAAGAAGCUCGUUGUGUCUUUUUGAGGUGUUUAGUGUAUGUUAAUUUAAUCAGGGUUCAGGCUA